AUGACUCCAUUCGAAUUUAGGGUGCGUUCCUUUGGGAUGAUUGGAUCAGGAUCAGUGAUUCGAACUCACUCGGAUCAUGGUAGAUCAAAUGAACCGAUGAAUCAUUGUCUAGAGUGGACUCAUCGGUUCAUUUGAUCUACCAUGAUCCGAGUGAUCUCGAUCACUGAUCCUGAUCCAGAUCAUCCCAAAGGAACGCACCCUUAGUGUCCCUGUUGUUUAAGACAACUCUGUCCUUCAAAACCCAUUCCCCAGAGGCAAGUCACCUGCCCUUUUAAAUCUUUUUUUUACUUUUAACAAGGCAACCGUGACGGAAAAGACUAAACUUAUCCCAGUCUUUUGAUUUGCCAUUUAAGUGAAGAUGUAGGUGUAUACCUAGGUGCUACGUUCGCUAGUGGUCUGAUUCUAACGGUUAUCGCCCGAUUCAAAUCCUUUCGAACUGUUCCAAACAGUCUUGUCGCAAAAAUUGUUGUGGUGGACAUGCUAAACGUAGUUAUUGACAUGCCAAGAAAACUUGCUUGGAUAUCCUACCUGUAAAUAAUGGUAACCCAUUUGCCUGAGUAACUAUUGUGCCUUCAAACACAUUUACCGGAUACAAGUCACCUGCGUACUUCAAAUCCACUUUUAUUUUAGCGAUCAAUUAUUACCAUAAUUAAUUAUCGAUUAUUAUUACUGAUCAAUCCGUUUCCCGAAACGCAUUCGCCGGAAGAUAAUCAGCCGCUCUUUCAACUCAAAUUUUAUUUUGAACCAGACAACGGAAAAACUUAACAUAAUGUAAUCUUUUGAAGAACUUGACCAUUUUAGGUGAAGGCUGUGGAUGUGCAAGCAGCUCGGUGAACACCUUCGUCAUGUACCCACCGAAGCCCUUUAUGAAUAAAGUUUUUAUGAGUUUAUUAACAGUUUCACUGGCCCUGGGUGUUAGGUUUGGUAAUGGGCUGAUUCUGGCGGUUAUUGCACGGUUUAAAUCCUUUGGAACUGUUCCUAACAUUCUUGUCGCAAAUAUUGCUGUGGUGGACAUGCUAAAAGCAGUUAUUAACACGCCAAUCUAUAUUAGAGGCGGGGUGGUUCACAGGACAGGGUCUGGCGAUCAUCUUCAGCUUCUUUAAUCUACUAUUUAUCAUACUGAACCUUGCAUCGAUGAUGGCUUUGAUGGCAAACACAUACUUUGUCAUUGAUUUUUGCCUAAAAUCUCGGGUCUGGAAAUCUAACUGGAAAGCUGUGAUAUCCUCUUUUAUCAUCUGGUUCAGUGGCACACUGAUUGUGGUUCUAUUCUCCACUCCCUUGCUCCACAUUGACCUUGGUGACAUUCCUUUUUUUUUUUCAGCAACAGGACGGGAACGUCAGUUGACGACGGGAAAGUGCGCGGAAAAGACUAAACACGACUUCCGGUGCUCAAUUUGCCGCUCUGCCAUUGGUCAAGCCAGUUGUUUGAUUUGCGCGCGCCGUCGUCAACUGACGUUCCCGUUCUGUUGCUAAAUCAGCCUAUUAUGUGGGUUGAUGUUGUGACUGUAGUUGAAGCUGUCGUAAGGGACCACCUCGGAAAUUCAUUAAAGUGGUCGUAACUAGGGCUGGUCGGUUACGAGAAUGAGCCCUCGAAAACGACCGGAAGGUAAAUCAGUAGAGGGUUAUCACUUACGAGAGCCUCAUAAACUCAUUAGUAAUUCAUAACGAAAAGAACACAAGUAAUUAGACUUAAAUGGGUGUCUUUAUAUCUGAUGUAGACACAGCUUAACUUUACCUCCAAUUUUUUAGACCAAAGUAACCCAAAAUCUAAAUAUAAGUACAAUAAUGAGUUGAUCUACAUCAGAAGAUUUUGAAGCCGUUCAAUGUGAACUUACUGUUCCUGUUUUAUCCGAUCUGAGUAGUUACUUAAGAGAGCUUAAAAACAAAGGAAAAGUCCAGUUGGGUAAUCCCGAAAGUGGUAGCGGUCGCUUACGGGAGCACUUGCUCACGAGAGCUUUUCAGUUUAAGUCACCGUUCAAACGGCAUUUCACAAAGGUGAUCGUAACUAGAGCUGGUCCCUUACGAGAAUGGUCGCUAGGAGAGCUUCGACUUUCGUUGCCAAACAGUGCUCAAAAACAACACGCAAAAAAUUUUAGGCUGAUUAGAACUAGCUAUUGGUAACUGCGUGGUGUGACCGCAAAGUCGACCGAAAGCACUAACUACAGUUAGGUAUGACAUCACGUAACCUGACACUAACUUAAGUUAAACUUUAGUUACCUCGGAGAUGUGACCGCAGCCGUGUUUUCCGAUUUAUUGGAAAUGGAGAAUGCCUUUCCGUCAUUUUUAUGAAAACAAUACAGUUUUGCAGCUGACACGCAUAACAAUGACAGCAAACCAAAGCAAGCACCUCGUUUCUCACGAUCGACCAGGGUGUUAUGGACAAACCGUUUUUAAUGAUAUGAUGGCAUAUAUUAACAUGCCUUUCUCACUUUUUCUCCUUUAUUUGUUGUUGAAAUUAACAUUCCAGUGAUGUUAAACUUAAUGUUUUUCUCGUGUUUAAUUCGUUAGACGUCCAAUGAUUUUAUAUUAAAUGUACAUCUUACGCUAUAAAUCUUUUAAUAAAAUGCUUUCGACGGUUUGAAAGAAAUCCACAUGCCGGCUCUAUUCGAGCAAGUGUCAUAGAGGCGUUAAACUAGGAACUCUUGACAAUGACAGAAAACAUAUUUCCGAACAAAAGGGAUUUCCACUAAAUCGGAAAACCCUAAUAUAGUGGAAAGAAAGCGGGAUGGUACAAAGCGUGAAUGCGUUGUUUUCUCCUUAACUUGCUGUCUUCGCAGCAAACGAAGUAGGGCACGAAAAAAAUAAUGAGGCAAAGAGCGAUAAAAAAAAUCACUUAUUUGUAAAUAUAAGUAUGAGAUAACGAUUGAAGUACUUCAGUAAAUGGAACACAAAAAGGCGACAAAACUAACGUCAUUUGAUGAACAAUAAAAAUGCUCAAGAUUACAAAGUAGCUUUACCUUUAAUCAAAGGACUUGUGUGGUGGGGGGGAUGUGCGUACCUCUGGAAAAAGCCUGGCUUUGCUACUACAAGGGACUUAUCAUGCAUUCCCGCGACUGUUAUACAGCCGCGAUGUUGUCAGUUGAUAUGACUUUCCUGUUGAUCACUAACUCAGGUUCGAAUACGUUUUCAUAUUCAUCCUUAUUUUCUUCAAAUACAAUUAACAAAAAGUUAUGAACCGAUAAAAAAAAUUCAAUGUUUUCAGGUUCAGAAAAAUCGAGAUGUCCACAAGUUUAAACUCAACAUUUACCACAUACAUUACUGACUAUUUCUGGCUAUUUAAAUCAGACUAAAACGUUUCCGUUGUAGUCGUUAUCAUGUCUUAUUAGUGCGUGCACAAGAGAAUUACGAGGAAAGUGCUUCCUGGUGAAAUCCUUUAUUAAACAUUCAAAAGAUUUGAAAAAUGUCGGCUUUGCCGCUAUUAAUGUCUCAGUUUUUCUUUCGUAUCUUCCGCAAGUUUAAGCCUAUUGCUGGUUAUUACUUUAAAAUAUGAAUAUUAAACGAAGGCCAAAUUAAUAGACGUGUUAUUAGUUUUUUUUAGAAAACUAAUAGAUAAACUGCUACGGGCUGGUUGUGACCUUUUAAGUUGUUCUUUCGUGUCUUUCGAGGUGCUAAGCUCUCUGAACCUAUUUCUAGUCCCUCUUUUAACAAUCAUUUAAGCUAAAGGGCAUUCGUUCUCAUUUUUUAUUGGAAGACUAAUAGAUAAGCUCCUUCAGCAUUUCAUUUGGUCCCGAAGAGCGAAAAAAGCGAGCACAAACUUCUUGUUUUUCGCGCUAGUCGCGAGCCACUGAGAGCUUGCAACAGAAUAAUUUUUCCAAAUCAUCAGUAAUGGCUCUGAGGAGUAUCUAAACCAACUAACUAACUGGUAUGUUGGUGUCAUGAAACCCCUUAUGAAACUAUAAUUUGUAAUCAAGUAAUUUGCCGGACCUUAUGUUUUUAGAAACUUUUUCUUAUAGCAGAAUCCCAAAUUUCUGUUUAAGUUGAGUUCAAUGUUUUUGGGUUAAUUAGCAAAACUUGCUUGGAAAUCCUGCUUUUGCAUAUUGGUAAAACAGUGACGUAACUGCGCCUUCAAACACACUCACCUGAUGCAAGUCACCUGCUAUUUCAAAUCCACUUUACUUUCAAAAGAACAACAGAAUAACGUUAAUUUAUGCCAGUAUUUUUAAGAUUGUGACCAUUUUAAGACGACGUUGUAAAGGUGACAGCGGCUCGGUAAACACCUUCGUCAUGUACCCGCCGAAGCCACUUUCCACCAAAGUUGUGAUGAGUUUCUUAACAGUUUUACUGGCCCUGGGUGCAACUUUUGGUAAUGGUCUGAUUCUGGUGGUUAUUGCACGGUUUAAAUCCUUUCGAACUGUUCCAAACACUCUUCUCGCUAAUCUUGCCGUGGUGGACAUGUUAAACGCAGUUAUUAACACGCCAAUCUACACGAUGUCUUUCAUCUUAGAGGCCGGUUGGUUCAGAGGACAGGGUCUGGCGAUCAUGUCCAGCUUCUUCAACCGAUUAUUUAUCAUACUCAACCUUGCAUCCAUGCUGGCUUUGAUGGCAAACAUGUACUUUGUCAUUGAUUUUUGCCUAAAAUAUCGCGCCUGGAAAGCUAACUGGAAAGCUAACUGGAAAGCUGUGGUAUCCUCGUUUAUCAUCUGGUUCGGUGGCACCCUGAUUGUGGUUCUGUUUUCCAUUCCCUUGCUCCGCAUUGACCUUGGUGAUGUUCAAGUUAUUGAAUACAGAGCAAAGAUCUACCAACAGGGAAAGUACUACAUCGCAGCGUUCAUGGCUCUCUUUACAAUAUGUAGUGGGAUACUAGGUUUUCUGACCAUAAAUGCAAUCAAGAGGAAGAAAAUGAAGGUGAGUGAAAUGUCACCAGGUUUGCAAAAAAAGCAUUUGAUCCUAGACGUGAAGAGAAAAGAAAAUUGUUUAUCGUUCAAGAAAAACCGACUAAUCUAUAUCUUUUUUGAAGAACUUUUAAAAAAGUUCCCUUAGUUAAUAUCCCUGGCAUAAAUUUCUUUUUCCAUGCGAAAAAUAAACCAACGAUAAUCUGUUACGGGUCGAUAUUAUGUAUUAUAUAUAUUAUGUAUGCCCAGCGCGUGAUGACACAUGCGAUAACCUCGAAAAAACAGAUGGCUCUUAAUUAAGACAGGCGGGCAGGUGAACAAGUAAGACUAAUCUGCGGAACUGCAGACCGCGGAACGAACCUACAGAACCUGAGGAAAUUAAUGUUUUUAUUACAACAACCUUUGGCUAACGUGAUAAAAUAAUUAGUCACAAUUAAUCAUAACAUUGAUAGACUGUUCACAGUGCCCUAUUUUCCGUUAAGAUCGUCGAGAUCGAGCACUCACCGUCACUGGCAGCCAUUUUGUAAUUGAUUUCAAAUGUACCGAGGGGGCGGGCGUCGAGGUUCCCAAGCCCUCCCCCACCCGCGCUAAGUAGAAUAGAUAGUCAUCUUCCUCAUCGGUCAAGAUGGCUGCCUGUAGCGCUCGUUCUCGACAAUCUUGCGGAAAAACAGGGGACUGUAAACAGUCUAUAACAUCAAUCGAGAGCUAAAAGAAAGUCCGCGAAUCGCGGACUUCGGCUUGUUAGUACUUCUGAAGGGAACGAGAGGUAUAGAUUUAAACACAGUAGCACAACGUUGGAAGGAAGAUAGAAUGUGAAUGUAUUUGUGAAAAAUAGAUGAUAUUGAGGGAAGGGCUGAGUUGUAUCCGGCAACAAGAGGAAUGCGAGUGGAUAAGUCGGUUAUGGCAUCGCUGGAUUUGAGUGCGUCAGUGCGUGUGAUAGUGUGAACACUCUUCUGGUUGAGGAAACCGAUAUUGUAUCCACGUCUGUUAAGGUAUUUUGUUAGUUCGUUACAACGCAGUUUGUACGUCUCGUCGAAGAAACAUAUACGUCGUAUUCGGGGAGAUGACUGAAUGGAAAAGCUCGUUUACUGUGCAAGAGGUAGCCUGCUUAACCACUGAGGCCGCCCAAACUCACCUUACGAGGAAAGGGGUGUAAAGUAAUUUACAUACCAUAGGUGACGCGGGACCUUUGUGCUGGACGCGCCGGUGUCGCGUAACAGGUGACCUUUGACAAUAAGGGACUUUGUAUGAGAAAUAAAAUACUGAAAUCUGCGAACGCGAAAUAACGUUGAAUCUAAUUUUUCCUUCAACGACUUACCUGAGAUGUAUUCCACUAUGUUUUGGUGUCUGCUUGUCGUUUUACUGUUUUUUUUUUUUUUGGCUUACAACCACUUUUACAUCCUAGAGAGAGUGCUGCUCCCUAUUUCAAACUCCUAACAAUCCUUAAAUUAGAUAAUAAAUAUAAAUUAAAAAUAUGUUGCUUUAUACAUAGAAUGAGAAAUGAGACUGAUAGCGUUCCAGAUAUUUUCCUUGAUGUCCUGACUCCAGCAUCGCGUAUACCCAACCAUAAUACAAGAUUUGUGACUAAUCUGAACUAUUUUAGACCAAGAGUAUCCACCAACUUAGGUAAGACGUCCGUUAAAUUCUCCGCUCCAAAAAUCUGGGAGACUGUACCGCCUGGUCUCAAGUGUCUGCCAUAUCAUAAGUUUAAGAAAGAAUGGAAGUCCUGUCUUCUAAUCAGCCAAAUCUGACCUUGCUUAUAUGUUCUAUCACUGAUAUUAUUUGAGAUCUUAUUCCUCUCCUUACUGCUGCCAAUUAUUUCAAUAUGACGGUGUCCAACAAGAAAGCUCUUGCUACUUUGGAGACCGUACACAAAGGAACUUAAUAUCUUUUAGUUAAUUAUUAUUUGUAGCUACUUUAUUUUCCUACUAUGUACACUUAUGUAAAUAUCUUGUCUAGUGUGAAUAAAGAAUUGAAUUGAAUUGAAUUCUACUCCACGCUUCGCACUGUAAUUUUCAGGGAGUUAUAAUGACUCCUCUAGUGGGGCUAAUUUAACUCCUUACAGUGGAGUUAUUUUUCGUGGAGUUAUUUUAACUCCAAAAAGGAGUUUAAAGAACUCUUUUUCAGGAGUAAAAGUGACCCCAGAUAUUGAGGAGUUAAAAUAACCCCAAAAAAGGAGUUAUCCUGUACCUAAAAUUUUUACUCCAAAAAGAGUAAAAACAACCCAUGUAAGGAGUACAAGUAACCCCAUUUCGGAGUAAUUUUAACUCCAGACUGGGAGUAAAAAGAAGUCUUUUUCAGGAGUAAAAAUGACCCCAAAUUCGGAGUUAAAUUAGGAGUUAAAAUAACCCCAAAAAAGGGGUUAUACUGUACCUAAAAUUUUUACUCCAUUUUUGGAGUUAUAAUAACUCCCUAAAAAUUACGGUGCAUAAGCGAGGUUUUGCACAAGACAAGCGCGAAUCGCGAGGCGCGAGGAGGAAAAAGAUUCGCGUGAAAUCCUUGUUUGACUCGCAUGGCUCAUAAAGCGACUGUUAUGCAGGCUAGUAAGAGGCGACAUGAUGAGCGUAAAAGAUACUGGUGUUUGUCUGUAGGUUUAGUAUUAAAGAACAGUUUCAAUGAUACCAUCAUUGAGGGACAACUUGACGUCGAAAAAGGAGAAAGAUUUGCAUGCAUUAGUAGUUAGAUGCACAUCUAACAGUGGGAUGAAGGGUAUUUAUGUAAGAGAUGGGAUAAAAAUAGACGUUUAUCAUGAGAGUGAAUUUGAUGAGGUCGCAAAGAGUUUCUGUGUGUAUGGUGGAUGUAGAGCGGUCAUGGGUAUUGAGGAAGUGACAGCAGGCGCCAAUACCCUCAUCCUUCUCUAAACCUAUUGUGUUUAAAUCUAAACCUCUUGAUGCCUUCCAACGUUCUAAAAAGCCAAAAGGCCACGAUUUCGGAACCAGAAUUCUCGAUCAGUGUUACUUAACACAUCGACAACAAUUUUCCAUCGUCUGGACUCUUAUUGACCAUAGAAAUGACGUCAAAAUGUUCAAAACUCAUGUGGAACUACGAGCCGCAGGAAAGUGGUUUCAUUCUCCAUUUUUUAACAUUUUGACUUCAUUUCUAUGGUCGAUAUGAGUACAGGCAAGAGUCCUAUUAUGGCUCUUGGUACAGGCCAUGGAAAAUUGUUGCCGACUUUUUUUUUACAUUAACAGUUUUUGUCGUCCAUUUCCGUUGACUUUUCGCAGAAAAUUGCUUGUGGGAAAGAGAAAAACACACUGCGCCACAAUCACUUCAUUUCCAUAGUCUGUAGUGUUAUCGACAAUAGCUCUCUACCAAUCAGCCGGCCAGAAAUCGCUUAGUUGUUGUAAAAAAAUUAUUGUAACUAAUUAUUUUAUCACGUUUGCUAAAGAUAGUUGUACUAAAAACAGUCGUUUCCUUAUGUUCCGCCGGUUCCGCAGUUCCGCGGUCUGCAGUCCCUCUGAUUAGCUACCCUGCGAGCAGAGUUUCCUUCGAGAGGGUACAGAUUAGUCUUACCCCUCACAAAAUUCUCGGAAACAAUUUUGGCCAACAUUUUACUUCGCUGCUUAGGGUGCUACGUGUCGGGGACUGGGAAUUGCUAACAAGCGGCGAAGCAAACUUCAAAACAAAUUUCCCGACAAAUUGAGUUCUCAGACGCUUUCAAGACAAAAAUAGGUAGCUGUCCUGUGUGAGCAGCAACAAUUAUUCACCUCAGUGUCGGUGGCUAGUAGUGGAUAUUUACUUAACACCACUAGCCACCUCCACUUCACAGUCAAUAAUUGUUAUAUAUUGCAGUUACCUGUUAAUCAUUUUUAGUGAUCUGAUUUUUCUGUACGGGUAUUAAAUUGCGUGCGUUUAAAGUUUGGAGAGGAUUGUUAUUCGCGGGUCCUUAACUUCGAGAUUUUUUUUACUGGCAUAAUCGCAAAAAACGUGAAAUUACGUACCGGGUAGUUAUUCACUUUUCGAACAACUGUGGCCAAAAAAUACCCAUUUCUCGUAGAAAUGGAUCUUCUCACCCGGAAGAGAGAAAAGAGGGAAACUGAUAACUUUGAAAAAACAACGAAUACAGGUCUUAUUCUUUAAGGUUAUGUACAAGGCAUCAAAAUCAAUGUUUACCCAUGAGAAAAAUUUGUUUAACGAAACUCUGAAAUUGUUCGUCCUUAUCUUAUAUCCUGACAAUUUCCAGCACUAUUGGUUUAUCAGUGUGUCUACCCCUUUCUUUCACAGAGAGCAAAGAUGGACCUAUCUGCACUUGGAGCCCAAGCUCGACUACGGAACGACAUCAACGGGUCCAAGACAAUCGCUAUAACUAUAGCUGCAUAUUUCAUGUCCUACGUUCCAGCGGUCACCUACGCCAUACUGGGUCAACAGGACGUUAGCCAGACCGACUCUUGGUUCGCAUUCAUCGCAUGGUACGCUACUUUCUUUUCAAGUGCAGUGAACCCAUUUAUCUUCUAUUACCGGACCAGCCGAUUUCGUGCUGCAAUCAAACAGUUCUUCAAGGAUCCCUUUGGAAAAAGUGACUUUAAAGAGGAGCCACACAAACCCCGUAAAAGCAGAAACAGGAUUGCCAAAGACAGCGGAGGAGAGAACCGAGGAAGUAAUGAAACUUUGCUGAGAAGAAAAUAUCAUGGAAAACGAAGAAAUGGUUUCACGAUUACGUCGAUCCCAGCACUAAAAUCACAUCUCUACAACCUUGAGCCCAUUGAACGGAAGGUAAAAGCAAACGAGGUACCGAAGGAAUUUGGCAUUAUUUCGGCUGCCCUGGCGCAUCCCGUAAGUGUAGUCGAAUUGUCUUCGGCCGUUGCUCAGCUUUCGUUUGGGGUAGUUGAAAAAUCUGCGCAGAAACCACUUGACAAGAAGGAUGACGAAAAGAACUUAGGGAGUGAAAUGAUGUGUCGGCAAAAAAAGUCAGAUGAGACCAGUAAACGAACGAUGAUCUCAUUUUCAAAAUCAAAAGUUCAUCCGUUGAGGAAGUCUUAA